AUGGACUUCACCUACAACGCGAUAUAUUACGACUACGAUUCGCAUCCAGAUAAUGCAGAAUUGAAGUCAUUUUCAGAUUUUCUAACUAAAAUAAAUAACUUCUCAUCCAAAUAUCAGUGCGUAUUCUCUUGCAGCGGGCUUCUAAUUAAUCUAGUACAUCUUAUCAUAAUCACCCGCAAGUCAUUAAGAGUUAACAGUGUUUAUGUGAUCAUGAUAGGCAUUACAUUGAGUGAUUUGUAUACUAUGUUCCAUGUUGUUUAUGUUUUUUUGGAUAAUAUUGUUUCUAAUUAUAACUGGUAUGAAUGCUUUCAAGUAUGCACUGAACAAGAAUGUUUCAAGUUUCACAAGUACCAGUACCAUGGAUAUUUGCAUGUUGUAGUUGAACUUAUUAUGAGCGCACUUAGAGAAGCCCUUCGCCGCCUGUCAACGUGGCUUGCGUUUUGUAUGGCCUUAUUUCGAUGGCUCAUUAUUCGGAACUCGAUGAACGCAAAAUUUGACUUUCUUUCAAGGCCGUCAUUUGCAUUUAAAACAGUCUUGACAUUGCUGCUUAUAAGUCCCAUUAUAACAUUUCUAAGCUUUGGCCAACACACAGUCACAGAUAACGGUUUUGUAGAUGUUAGUCAGUGUUCCGGUAUACCCGAUUAUAUUGUACCGCACACUUAUAUAAUUAAAAAAGGUAGGGUGUUUGAUGACUUUUGGCCGCUUGCAGUUCAACUGUAUUUUUUUUCGGAUGGGAUUUCAAAGAUUAUCCCAGCUGUCUGUCUCCCAUUUCUAUGCAUUGUUCUUGUAACUUGCCUCAGAACAGCGCGUGAAUCACGCAAAAACCUAUCGAAAAGCUCUUCCAACAAUGAUCGAACUAUUUAUAUGGUAACUAUAAUGACCGCAUUUUCGGUGUUUGCAGAAGGACCCAGUGGGAUUAGUUAUUUAUUCAAAGCAUUAUAUUAUGAUCACAAUGCUAUAAAAAGCGCAUUGCAAACCCUCGACGAAAUUCUGAUCAAUGCAGCUAUUCUCAAUUCAAUUGUUCAUGUUAUAAUCAGUUUGGUGGUCUCUACACAAUAUCGAGAAACCGCGAAAAAGUUAUUUGGGUGUAAAAGAUGUUUUAGAAAAAUUGUUGUGGCGAAAGACUCUCUGAACACUGUGGAGAUUGUGGUUCCAGCAUUACAUGGAACGUUUUCAAAUGUUGAUUAG